AUGCCGCGCUCCUUCCUGGUGAAGAAGCACUUCUCGGCCAGCAAGAAGCCCAACUACAGCGAGCUGGAGAGCCAGGCCGUGUUGGCCGCCCCGCUGCUGUACGAGACGUGCCCGCUGCCCGUCAUCCCCCCGCCCGAGGUGCUCGGCCCCGGCGCCUACUACCCGCCGCUGGUGUGGGAUGCGGGGCUGCUCUCCAGCCUGUUCCCGGGCGGCCCGGGCAGCGAGGUGGCGGGAGGCGCGACCCCCGCCCUGGACCUGACGGCGCUCUCCAGCGAGGAGGAUGAAGGCAAGAGCUCGGGGCCCCCCAGUCCGGCCUCGGCCCCCGCUGCCGCCGAGCGCUUCCGCUGCGCCCAGUGCGCCAAAGCGUACUCCACUUUCGCCGGGCUCUCCAAGCACAAGCAAUUGCACUGCGACGCCCAGGCCAGGAAAUCUUUCAGCUGCAAGUACUGCGAGAAGGAGUAUGUGAGCCUGGGGGCUCUCAAGAUGCACAUCCGGAGCCACACGCUGCCCUGCGUCUGCAAGAUGUGCGGGAAGGCCUUUUCCCGGCCCUGGCUGCUGCAGGGCCACAUCCGGACACACACCGGUGAAAAGCCCUUUUCCUGUACACACUGCAAUCGGGCCUUUGCUGACCGCUCUAAUCUCCGCGCCCACCUGCAGACCCAUUCAGAUGUAAAGAAGUACCAGUGCAAAACCUGCUCCCGGACUUUCUCCCGCAUGUCGCUGCUCCACAAGCAUGAGGAGACGGGCUGCUCCGGCUCUCGCUGAGGACUGGACUCCACUCCCCCAGCCUCUCGCAUCACAAAUACCUAUAUUGUAACUAGAUUCUGUAGGAGUUAGUUUCCUUCGUCGCCGUUGCAGUGUGCACCGGGCUGAACGCAGCUCCUCUGGCCCUUGAGACCCUCACACUCCUCGCUCGGUGCCUCCAGUGCAAUGCAAGAACCUGAUCAUAGAAUAUCCUGAGUUGGAAGGGACCCAUCAGGAUCAUCGAGUCCAGCUCAUGGCCCCACGCAGGACACCCCCAAGAAGCACACACCAUGUGCCUGAGAGCAUUGUCCAAAUGCUUCUCGAACUCAUUCAGGCUUGGUGCUCUGACCACUUCUCCCAUCCCGGCGUCUCAGGGUGCAGGACUGGACUCAGUGGCAAGCGUGAAGCUCGG